UGUAGUACAUCCAUGCUAGUAUGCAAUGGCCACACGCCUAUACGUUCUCUGUAAAUGUCGUAGGUCCUGUAAGAUUUUAUGUAUUUCGAUAUAUGCUUAUAGACAGCGUUCUUGAUCAGUCAUUUUGCAUUGUAUUGUUUUAUUAUUCUUUCAUGUACUGCUGGUAGGUAUUUAUGUUUUGGGUUUUUUUAGUGUAUCAAUAGAGAAUAUGAUCUAAUCUAAUAACAACGUUCAGUGUUGUAUGCCUACUAAUUUUAUUGAGUCAUUGCAAUAAAAGUCUUCUUAUUCACUUUGCAUUAUUACCUCAUCUUGAACUUUACAAAGUAUAUCUAGUCACGAGACCAAAGUACUUGUCCAAGAUUGAUUUGUGGUCUUUUUAUAACGUCAUGUUUAUACAGGGAAUUUCGGAGUGCAUCCCGACGGAUACCGACCGAAUCGACCCGAAACCGACCAAUGGUAUGCGGCCCUUGGUAAUAAAGCAUAGCUCUGGUAAUGUUGGUCACAGAGCGACUGAGCCAGUAGUCGUUUGCCUAGCAGACAAACGAACGAUUGGUGUAUGGUCUCUUUCGAAUGGCAAACACAAAGAAUGGUUUACAUUUGCAUGGUUGCAUGCACAAAGAAUCCAUUUCCACCUUCUGAUGAACCGUCCUAUAUUAGACCUGGGCCCGGAUAGUAGAUGUGUACGACCAUAGCCUUCGAACAAUUCACUUCCCAGACCGUAUCCAGUGUGCUGACGGAUUCAGCCAGUCUCUUUUGGGUGAGGUAUAACAUCAUGGAUAUGAUUUCCUUCUCCAACACGUUCUUGUUGCUCGGAGUUAUCGGAUUCCUUUCCAUUUUCUGGUUCACUAAAAGUAACAAAAAACUUCCACCAGGUCCAUGGCUGCUACCAUUUGUGAGAUACCGAUUUGGGUCUGGCUUGGUUCACGAAACAUUCGUGGAAGUGGCGAAGAAGUAUGGACCGGUUUUCACUGUUCGACGAGGCCUGUUUCUCUGUGUUGUCUUGAAUGACAAGGAAAGUUUGAAAGAAGCGCUGGUGAAGUCAGGGGAAUUCUUCUCAGAUAGAUUCGUUCCAGGGUCUCUUAGAUGGACAAUACCUGACCCUAAAAAGAAAGCGACUGUAACUUGGAGCAACGGAAAACCUUGGAAGGACCUACGGGAUUUCUGCCUUAAUGUAUUUCGCUCCUUCAGCAUUGAUGAGGCGAGCUUAGAAUCUAGGAUCAACCUUGAGGCUCGUUAUCUGGCUGAGGAAAUCAGAAAUCAUGACAGUCGACCCAUGGUUAUAUCAGGUUUACUCAAUAAAGUGACUGGUAAUAUCAUGGCUCAACUAAUUUUCGGCCAUAGAUUUGAUUAUGAUGACGUCGAGUUUACUGCCGCAUUACGAAUAAUGGCCGAAGCUGGCGCCUUCAUUGGUGAACACGAUCCAGUCAAUGUCUUUGAACGACUUAUCCAUGCUCCCCGGUACAAACCCUUUCGUGAAAUGAUAACCAAACUCAAGAUUUUCAUUCAGUCUCAGCUUCCGGUCAACCGAGAAACUUUCCAAAAAGACCACAUUCGACAUUUUGUUGACGCAUUUUUAGCAGACGACAUCUCCGAAAAAUACGAAUGGAAAGAUUUCUGGAGAAUCGCGUUCGAUGUUUUUACCGGUGGUACAGAGAAUGCAGCAGUUUUUGCCUCAUGGGCGAUCCUUCUCCUAGCUGUCCAUCCAGAUGUACAACUUAAGAUGCAGAGUGAACUGGAUGGAGUCGUUGGACAUGGUCGACAACCAACCACCAAUGACCGGUCAAAUCUUCCAUACUGCGAAGCUACCCUGAUGGAGAUCAUGCGAAUCAGACCUGUCCUCCCAUUAUCCCUCCCUCACAUGACGUCAGCAGAUGUCACUCUUGGACCUUUUACCAUUCCUAAGGGGACUAUCGUUAUCCCUAACCUGUGGGCUGUUCAUCAUGAUCCUAAAGACUGGUGUGAACCACACGUAUUCAACCCUGAUAGAUUUCUGAGUGCCGAUGGUCAGACGGUCGUCAAGAAUGAAGCUUGGAUGCCAUUCAGUAUUGGUCGCCGUGACUGUCUCGGUAGUCAACUUGGCAAGAUGGAGACAUUUCUACUCUUCACCAACCUCUUCCAGCAGUUCGAAUUCAGACUUCCUCCUGAUCAACCAACCCACAACAUGCGAGGAUUACUUGGUCUAACUUUGCAUCCAGAACCGUACAAGAUCUGCGCCGUUGAGCGCUGAAGGUCCACCCCUCCCUCUCUCCGUAGAUAAUGUUUUUUUUUUUUAAUCUUACCCUUUCAGGCACAUAGAGCAGCCUCAACAAUUUACCACCCGACAUAAUAAACCGCUGGAUUCACAUUUGGGCAUUUCGUUCGGGCAUUAUGUAGGAGGAAAAAUAAAGUCAAUUUCAAACGAGAGACCAGGAUUCGAACUUACGAGCAUGAAAAUCUAUCAAUUUAGCGUUUUGCAUUCAUUAAAAAUUAAUGUUCUAUCUAUCGGCCUUAUUUUUUACCCCGGUAUUAUUUGUUAGUUGUGUAUGCUAUGAUUAAGCUCCAAUAUGUGGAUUAUUUUGUUCAAAAAGGAUCCCUUGUAAAGCAGACCACUGGCGUGCAUGGGACUACCAGCCUUUUUACAAAGAAGAUAUGAACACAUAAAAUAGAAAAAUGAUAACUUAAUCUCCUUCUCGAGUUAUUUUUCAUGCAAUCAUUUAUUAUGAACCAUUCAUGUCACACUUCUUAAAUAUCUCAACUUUACAUUGUUUUUUGUUUAGUAAUUUCUGUUGUGAUAUGUCGAAGGGCAAUGAAUGAAUAAACAAAAACUACCAUAAUUAUAAGCAAUUAACAUAACAUGAAUUGUAUGUGUCGACCAGACAAUAAAUUGCUUCAAUUUAUUUUUUUCUCAUAAUCAACCAAUAAAAAGUUAUCUUUCGCUGCAUUCUAUAUAGCCUCUGGCUUUGACUGGGUCCCCAAAUCAACACCGAGUCUGGCGAGUAAAGCGAGCAGUCGCCACCUGGCUUGCUUCGCUCAAUGAAACAAGUUAUUUGGAAUGUGAAAAUUAUAAAUCUUCUUUCUUGAAAAUUAGGAGGAUGUUUGCAUGGUUUCCUGACAUUUGCUCCGGUGACAAUUGCUCCGAUGGAAAACCUCUACAUUAAGCCAAAGAAAAAAGCUAACCUCCAAAACUAAAUAAACCCUAAUCCUUUUUUGUUCUGAACCAAAAAAUCUUAUUACCAAACUCUAACCCUCCGGAGCAAAUGUCGCAGGAGCAAGUGUCGUGGUGUCACCGUUUGGGAUAGUAAAUGCCAACCCUCCCGGAAAAUGCGUUCAUGUGUGUGUGUGUGUGGGGGGGGGGG